UCGUCUUUAGUCACAUACUAAACGCGAUUUUUCGCAGCAUACAAUCCAGAGUCGGAGACACACUGAUUCACGAAAGACGUCAUAGACUUUGGAGCUGUAAGUAUAUAGAAAGCGCACAAUUGCGCAGAACGUAUUUCCCAUCACAAACAAUCACUUCAAACUACCGUUAUUCUCCAGUCAAUUUGCAAUUAAACAGACCCUUCUUUCGUUCAAGAUUUCAAUACUUUCAAUCUGUUCCUUGUCCUCAAAUACAUAUUCCGAAAUCCAAACAACCUCCGUCCAACAUGAGAACCGCUCCGACUCUUCUUUUCGCUACUCUCGUGCUUGCCAAUCCAGCACCUAUCACGAACCCAGAAGCUUCGCAAAUCCAGAAAGCAGAUGUUCCGGUUCUCGCCCGCGACUUCUCCGCUCAUGAAGUGCGCAAGGUCUCGUCCGCAGCCGGGGCCGCCGCUGGAGCUGCCGGUCGCGCAGGCGGAGCAGCCGCAAACAAGGCGAACAACACUCUUGACAAUGCAGCGGGGGCAUUUCUUCCUAAUCGAGCACUUGAAUGGGGUGUACUUGGACUGGGCGUCGUAGAGAUCGUUCGCUUGUGGGGGUAGAAUCUUGUAACACUUCUACUAUACGGCAUGUUAUUGUAUGGGAAUUCCUUUUAAACUACUGGAUGUUGGCUGUAAUCCUUCUUUUCUUUUGUAAGAGGGCGCGAUGUACUAUCAGUCAGGGUAGCGGGUCUACAAUUAGGAACUGUUUCUGAGCUGGUUCUAGUGAAUCUUCUAUGUUUCUGUCCUUUCCGAUCAAUACCAAUAUUUCGCAACAUGCUCUUCCUCUUAAUUUAUGUGCUUUUUCAAAAUUUU